AUGUUGUUCUCCAAGUUCGCUGUCGUCCCCUUGCUUGCUGCCUUCGCCGGAAAUGCGCUCGCUCGUCCUGCACUGGCUGCUCGCCAGGUUCAAUCCACUUCGCUACUCGCGAACUUCGACCCUGCGACGGCUUUGGUCAACCCCGACCCCCUCACGGCCGCUACCCCCGUCCCAAAUGCCAACGCAAACUCCAACAACGCCAACAACAACGUAGUAGAGAAUGCCAAUGUCGCCGCCCCGCCUGCUGUAACCGUUACGGUAACUGCUCCUGCUGUCGCAGACGCAACUCCUGCGCCUGUAGCUGUUGAUGCUGUGCGCCUGCCGCGGCCGAUGCUGCUGCCGCCCCUGCUGCUGCCAUUGGUGGGAUAG